GGAACGCGAAGAUUUCUGAGCCGGCCUGCAGCUGCAGCCUCUGCCCGUUAGAUGGCGGUAGCUGACUGUUUCAAAGCAGCGCAGGUUCCGCCGGGACGAAGAAGAGGGAGGAUCGCUCGCUGUCAUGGCAGCCAAGGUGGUGAUGGUGGCCGUCCCAACGGUGCUGGGAAUAGCCUCCGUCCGUGUAUACAGGGUGAAGGAAGCGCCCACAGACGGGCUGGUUUCUCGAGACGUGCUGAACAUCUACACGCCGCUCUCGGGGGCUGCUUCGCCUCAGCUUGCUCCAGAGAGCCCAGGAUUCAUCGAGAGAGGGUUGACUGUCACCAGAGAGAGCGUUUCGCCGUUGGUCCAGGCCGUGAAGGGUGCCUGUGUCUCUAUAAAAAGGGGAAGUGUUAAUCUUUACCACGCUGGAGAGGAUGUGUAUUACUACGUGAUAGACCCUCCUCCAGAUUUUCUACCCAGGUUUGGCACCAUCACCAUGGCUGGCCUGCUGGGCAUGUUCUUGGCACGCAAAGGUUCUCGUUUCAAGAGGGUGGCGGUUCCUCUGGGCCUUAUGAGUGCUGGGGCAUCAGUGUGCUACCCGGCCCAGGCGGUGUCCGUACUUAAGGUGACGGGGAAGAAGGCGUACGCCGCAGGGCAGUGGAGCAGCGCCGCUGCAUCGUCACUGCUCGCCACCAAGAAAGCAGCAGCCGCCGCACCGCCGCAGCCUUCUCCAGAAGCAGACGCAGAGUCUGCGGUGACUGAGGAGGCCUCAGCCAACACUUCCACAUCAGACACCUCCUCUAAGAGCUCUGCCGGUUUGGAGAGAGGAGCGGAAUCGGCCGAGCCGGUGUCUAUUUCUGACGAGCAGGUUGUCACUGUCACAACAGAGGAAGAGCUACCAGCCGCGCCUGCAGGAGCAUCUCCAACGGAGACGGGCACCGCUAUUACAGGUCCGCCGGCAGAUGGGGAGCCAGCACAAACAGAGCCGUCUCGUCCCUCCGAAGGAGCGGCUGAGGGCCAGAAGGCCUCCGACGGAAAACGAGCCUCAGACGGUGUUUCCUUUGACGCGACGCCAGCCGAUCCGUCGGCGAGCUCGGAACUGGAGCGCGUCCAGGACGGGUCUGCUGCAGCCAUCACCGCAGAUGAGCCUGCAGCUUCCCCGUCAGUCGCUGAAGCGGUGUCAGCCGAGGAGCAAUCACUUCCUGCUGUCAAGGAGACGGCAUCCUCACCCCCCGCCGGGCUGCCACCUCCACAGGAGCCCGCAGCAGGAAACAGAAAAGAGGGCUCUGGUUUCAAGCCAGACCCCACUCUCAUGGACUUCGGCCAGUCCAGCCCUGAAGAUGAGGACCUGUACAGCACACGCAGCUGAGGAGGAACCUCAUUCCCACACCGCUGUCUCACAUCUCGCCCUCACUUCCAGGACUCUGCAAGCAAGCGCUCUCAGAGAGAUUUUCAUCAACGUUUCCACUCUCAUUUUCUUUUUUCUUUUUUUUGUCUGCCCACAUUUCCACAGAAAACAUCCUGGCAAGUUAGCAUUGGCGUUGCAUUGUAAUGAAUUUUCGGUACAUAUUCAAAAGAAACCUGGAAAAACAACACCACAAACACCCACAAUAACAGAAGAAUUAGCAGAAGUCGACUUGUUUUCGUCACUUGAAAUCUUUUUCCGCUGUCAAAUAUGCAUAGUGCCGUUAUUUAUUGUAAUCUAGUCAACUUUGUUGAUAAUUUAAAUAUCCUUCUCGGACGCGCUGAUGAGGACUACAAGGAGGACUUGUGCUGCUCCGUUUUGUUAGUUCAGUAAAUGUCUUUACUUGUUGGUUAAAGAACCCAGAAUAAAUCUUUAUUUUUUGUGAACUCA